AUGACUGAAUUAAUGGAAGUAGCAGCGCUACGACUGAAUGAUCCUAUCGUCGUAGUCGGUGCUGGUGUCAUUGGCCUCGACAUUGCUCUUGUUCUUGCCCGACGAGGACUGGGGCGACGGACCACCGUUGUAGCCGAACAUUUUCCCGGUGAUACAUCGGUGAAUUACACCUCACCAUGGGCUGGUGCCAACUUUUCCGCUAUAUCUGGGAGCGACAAGAACGCUUUGACAUGGGAUCGCCUUGGAUACAGCCAUUUGACUCAGUUGGCCACAACCGUUGGUAAAGAGUCUUAUGUUCAAAAAACGCCGAGCAUUGAGUACUGGGACGAGCCUGUCUCUGAGGACAAGAUCAAGUCAAUGUCUGAGUAUCUGGAAGAUUUCAAAGUAAUUCCUCUCAACGAACUCCCAAAUGGAGUCCAAUUUGGUACAUCGUUCACAACCGUCACAAUCAACGCACCCAAACAUAUUGAAUACCUCUUCCGCUUGUUGAAAGACGAAUAUGGCGUCCGAUUUAUCAAGAAAAAGCUUCCAAGUAUCCAGUCCGCAUACCUCAGCGCGAGCACUAAGAUCGUGUUCAACUGCACUGGAAAUGCAUCGAAGUUCCUAUCUGGUGUCGAAGACCCCAAAUGCUACCCGACAAGAGGCCAGAUUGUGCUGGCAAAGGCACCUCAAGUGCAAACCAACAUCAUGCGACAUGGUAGAGACUAUGAGACAUACAUCAUUCCAAGACCAUGGUCGAAUGGUAACGUGGUCCUUGGAGGGUACAUGCAAAAGGGCAUUAUCACGAGCGAUACUUUUGCGCACGAGACUGCGUCCAUUCUGCAACGCACGGCAGACCUUAGUAUUGAACUUAGCCAACGAAAGCCGGACGUUCUUGCAAGCUUUUCCGGUCUGAGACCUUCUCGCGAAGGCGGCGCAAGAGUCGAACGAACUGGAAUAUCUGUGAACGGAGAGAAGCGGAUUCUUGUGCACGACUAUGGUGCGAGUGGUACCGGUUUCCAGGCUGGCUUUGGUAUGGCUUUAGAGGCUGUUGAAACGGUCAAGGAGGUUUUGACAGUCUUGAAGGAAGACGAUUGUCGCUCAAAACUCUGA